CAGUCUCUUAUGUUCAUACAACUUAUAACUCAAACAAAUACAAUUCGUCGAUAUGUGUGAUCCCACUAGAGACGAUGGCUCCAGCCGAAGCAGAGUGGUGAGUACUAUGCAAAAGAGGGCGUAUUUUCAGAGACAAUGGCCGUUGGUCGAUGUCGUAAGAGCGUCAGUCGUUGUGAUUGUGCACUUUUUGUGUCUCUUGGCGCCGUUUAACUUCAAAUGGGAAGCUUUACGGUUCGGUUUGGUGCUCUUCGCGUUGACUACACUCAGCAUCACAUUCUCAUUCCAUAGGAACUUGUCUCACCGUAGCUUCAAGAUACCAAAAUGGCUCGAAUAUCCUUGGGCUUAUUCUGCUGUUUUCGCUCUUCAGGGUGAUCCAAUGGAUUGGGUGAGCAUACAUAGGUUCCAUCACCAGUUCACAGAUUCGGACCGCGACCCACAUAGCCCUAAAGAAGGAUUAUUGUUCAGCCAUAUCUUGUGGAUAUUUGACACCCAAUACAUCAAAUACAAGUGUGGAGGACGUGACAACGUAUUGGACUUGAAGAAGCAAUGGUUUUAUAAGUUUCUACGAAGGACUAUUGCUGUUCACAUCUUAAUGUUUUGGACCAUCCUCUAUCUCUAUGGUGGUUUACCUUACCUUACAUGCGGCGGGGGCGUUGGAAUUUUUAUCGGGUAUCACGUGACAUGGCUCGUAAACUCGGCAUGCCAUAUUUGGGGUUCAAGGUCGUGGAAUACUAAAGACACAUCUCGUAACGUUUGGUGGUUAAGUUUGUUUACGAUGGGAGAAAGUUGGCACAACAACCAUCACGCGUUUGAGUCAUCGGCGAGGCAAGGAUUGGAGUGGUGGCAGAUAGACAUAACUUGGUACCUCAUUCGACUAUUUGAGGUUCUCGGUAUAGCCACUGAUGUGAAAUUGCCCUCGGAACUCCAGAAACAAAAGAUGGCUCUCGUUCGUUAAUGUUUAUUCUGAAAUCUGUAUUAUUAUUCGUUAAUUAAGAAGCUAUUUAUGCACUUCUUACCAACAACACAAAAAAGAAGAAGCUAUUUAUGCACUAAAUAAAUGAGACACUACAGUUGUUUUUCAUUUUCUUUUCGGAUUCGAAAUUAUGAUUGUUUCCCAUUAUAAGUAUAUGUUUUUCUCUGGCUUAUGUCUUCUAAUUUUUUCUUCAUUAAUGCUAAUUAUAUAUUAGUCACGUGAUCCCUUUUUUCCCUUUCAUCGAGAUCGAUCGUCUUUGUGUGCC